AUGAGCGACUUUGCGUCCGCGCUGCGCGCGUGGCGUAGUGUUCACUUCGAUGAUGUACAGAAAGAGCUACAGAAUUACAUACCUACAGUACAGGAGCGCCAAAAGGAUGCCUUACUAGCACGCAAGGCGCUGUCCGAACGUACCAAAGAGUUUCGCCGGCUUACGCCAGAGGUACAGCUGAACGAGAUACGGACACUGGUCAAGGCGUACCAAAUGGAAAUUGAUGCACUAACCACCCGUGCCAAAAGUGCUGAAUCACUGCUGGAGAAAACACAGUCGCAGUUGCAGCCAGCGCCCAAUCCGUACCCUAUUCUUGAAGCGCUAGUCGAUACGACGAUACAGGCUCAGGAAGCUUCUGAGCUUCGAGCGGAGAUGGCACGUAUACAGGCAAGUGCCUCCGAAUGGGAAGCAAAAUGCAAAGAGGCCGAAGCACGUGCUGAGGAGGCUUCCCAGGAUGCCACCGCAGCGGUCGCUCAAGCGGAGAAGCGUGUCAAUGAAGCUUGGCAUGCUUCGACGCACGAGCAGGAAACUCGAGUGGCUAAUUUACAGCGUGAACUGCACAAGACCCAAGCACAGCUGCGUGAAUUGCGUUCCAGCCACGACGAUGUAAUGAAUCAACUUAUGAGCAAACAGGAUGCAUCGCAAGAUACGGCGCAUAUCGAUAGUCUCUUGGAAGAUCUACAGCAUGCCAAGGACCGCGCAGCGCAGGCAGAACGACGUGUGAAAGCUAUGCGGGAAGAGUACGAGCAGCAACAAGCUCAUGAGCGUGCUCACCUCUCUGAGCAGCUUGCGGAGAAAGAGGCGUAUUUCACAAAGCAGCUGGAAGCGCAGACUGACCAACUUCGGGAGCUUACCUUUUCACAUGAAGCAGAGCUUGCGGCGACGAAGCAACAGCGUGACGCGAUAGAGCAACAUUGCCAGGAUGCUGAGGCAGAGCUCACUCGUUUGAAAGAGUCGAUGGCACAGUACGACGACUAUGACACCAUCAAGCGAGAACUGCACGUCUACCGCGCGAUGGACUUGACAGAUGAGGAAGCGUCGGCCCAGGCAACCGACAACACACUGGAAAUCAGCCUAGCUCGGAAGAACCAAAAGCUCCAAGAUGAGCUGGCAGGGAUGCGCACAGCCUUGGCCGAUGCAAAGCGAGAGCAAGAGGCAACUCAACAGUCGUUGGCAGAAAAGCACGCGCGUAUAGCUGACCUGGAAGCUCUAACUAGUCGACUGGAAGCUGAUUUAUUGGGCGUCGCUUCGUCGCCCAACGGCCCUGCAACAGCGCCGAAGCAGGAGGAAACAUCUGCUGCCACAGAUUUGUUGCCCAUCGUGACCAAUCAGCGAGAUCGGUUCCGUUCGCGCAACGCUGAGCUGGAAGAGGAUCUCAAGAAGCAGGCGCAAGCAACAGUAGAGUUGCGCGCUGAAAUUAAGCGCUUACAGAGCGACAAUGUCGGCCUGUAUGAAAAAGUUCGCUACCUACAAGGCUAUGCCAAUCAGCGAGGGGGCAGUGCCAACGAUAUGCCAUACCCGCCAACAUCGCACGACACGCGAGAAGACAUGUAUCGUGCACGUUAUGAAGCAUCUAUCAACCCAUUCCAAGCCUUCCGUGGCCAGGAACAUUCGCGUGCAGUCGCUGCCCUUAGCCCGAUCGAUCGACUUAUGCACUUACUCGCUAGCGCCGUGCUUUCCAAUGCAAAAAUGCGUAUUGCUUUCCUAUGCUAUGCUAUUUUCUUGCAUAUGAUGUCGUCCUCGACAGCCGCUGCCACGACAGCAGAGGCGCCGGCUACUCCGGCACCAAAGCAAGUGGCCACCGAGUUUAAAGCCACUGAAGCACCGGCCACGGCGACUUCCGAGACCACGGCACAGGCUUCCAGUGGCGUACCAGAAACGCCAGCAUCCCAAAACGAUUCGCUGCAAACAGGCUCCUUCCUUUCAGGUGCGGACCUUGAGACGGCUAUCAACAACAUCGUUGAAAUGGGCUUCCCCAAAAAUGAUGUACAGCGUGCUAUGCGCAUGAGCUUCAAUAACCCCGAUCGUGCGGUGGAGUACCUGAUGAAUGGGUUGCCGGAAGAGGUGGCGCCAUCGCGUCCCACUGCCGUGGCACCGGCCACGCCAGCGACGCCAUCGCCGGCAGCGUCCAACGCCGCGGCGAACAACGCGUCAACUACGCCAGCACCUCGUUCGGGAAAUUUGUUUGAGCAAGCUGCUGCGCUCCAAGCUGGUGGCGGAGCUGGUGCGAAUGCGGAUGCGCCUGAUGUGAGUAUGCUGGCGGAGGACGAUGGCCAAGGCCGUCAGGUACUGGACAUUGGUAACCCCCAGAUUCUUGCGCAGCUGCGUCAGCUGCUGGAGCAAAACCCGGCCGCGCUGCAGCCUCUGAUUCAGGCGUUGGUUCAGAGCAACCCGCAAUUGGCGGAAGCUCUCAGUGCGGAUCCGGAUGGCGUGCUGCGUAUGCUGGCUGGCGAGGGCCUCGAAGGCGAGGAAUCGUUCGAGAUUCCUUCGCUGCAGCAGCUGCAAGAAGAAGACCGUACUCAGGUGGAGCAGAUUAUGGCGAUGGGCAUCCCUGAAAGCAAGGCGAUUGAAUGCUACUUCAUGUGUGGCCGCAACUUGGAGAUGGCAGUGCAGUACUACUUUGAGAACCCGCAGGACUUUGAGGACUAA